AUGGCCGACGACGGCAUCCUUCUCAAUUUCGAUCUCGCUUCCGCGCCGGCCAAAACCCAGGUCAGGUUCAAAGGCGGCCGAUGGCGGGACCGAAAACGCGCCGAAAGAGGCGCCAAGCAGGCCCUUGCUCACCCAGCCUCCGAGAGUCCUGCCGACCGCGAUGCGUACAGGUCGUCGAAGCGGCAAAAACUAGACGGCGACAAGCACGGCGACCACGCGGGAGGCUCGUCGCUCCCGCGUGCGGAGCGGCUCGACCGAGCCCCCCCCCGAAACGAUGGCGACGGCCAACAGCACAAAUCCGACGCCGCCAAGGGAAACCGCCAAGUAAUCUCGCGCCUCUUCUCCUUCAACCCCGCCCCGACGACGGAGGAUGAUGCGAAAGACGAGGGCUGGACGGCGCCUCAGCCGACGAACGCGCCCCUCCGCGACGUCGCCAACUUCGGCUCCCUCACCCUCUCCUCCCGCCUGGUCGACUCCCUCGCCAAGAUGGACCUCGAGCGCCCCACGGCGAUUCAAAACAAAGUCAUCCCGCACAUGCUGUGCGGCAGCUCGGACGUGUUCGUCCAGGCGGAAACCGGGUCCGGCAAGACGCUGGCCUACCUCCUCCCCAUCCUGCACCGAGUGUUGAUGCUGAGCGGGAAAGGCGACGGCAGGCAGAUCCAUCGAGACUCGGGCGUCUUUGCCAUCAUCGUCUCGCCCACCCGGGAACUGGCGAGGCAAACGCACACCGUGGUGGAGCAGCUGAUCCGCCCUUUCCCGUGGCUUGUUUCCACCGCAAUCACCGGCGGCGAGUCGAAAAAGGCGGAAAAGGCAAGGAUCAGGAAGGGCGUGAAUUUCCUGGUCGCCACCCCGGGUCGCCUGGCCGACCAUGUCGACAACACCAAGGCAUUGAACCUCGGCACCGUUCGCUGGCUGGUCCUGGACGAAGGCGAUCGAUUGAUGGAUCUCGGCUUCGAAGAAGACCUGAGAAAGGUAAUCGACGCCUUGAGAGGCAUCGCCCUUGUCAAGAGCACGGAAAAGGGGGCGUCUCUGGACGCUCUGCCUGAGCGCCGCGUGACUGUGCUUUGCUCUGCCACCAUGAAGAUGAACGUGCAGAAACUCGGCGAAAUGAGUCUUGCCGACGCCACGUUCCUGGCUGCCGAGAAGAGCGAGGACGAGGACGCCACGACGGAAAUCGUCCACAAAGCCCCUGCUCAGCUGCACCAGACCUACGUCGUCGUGCCCUCCAAGCUGCGCUUAGUGACCCUCACGCUGUAUCUCAAGUCCGUCUUUUCCCGGCGGGGCCAGACCAUGAAGGCGAUCGUGUUCAUGUCGUGUUCGGACACUGUCGACUUUCACUACGAGAUGCUUCGGGACCCGAACGAGACGCAGCUCCCGCCGUCCGUACGCAUAGAGAAGGACCUGGCGGAGACGACCGUGUCGAAAGCAGCCUACGUGACCUCCCCAGCGAGCCCGGAAGUCGUGCUGUACAGAAUGCACGGGUCACUGUCGCAGCCGACCCGAACGGCAACCCUUCGCUCGUUUUCUGCCUGCAAGUCCCCGUCGCUGCUGCUGACAACCGACGUCUCCUCGCGGGGGCUGGACAUCCCCUCCGUGGACCUCGUGGUCGAGUACGACCCCGCCUUCAGCUUCGCAGACCACAUUCACCGCAUCGGACGAACCGCUCGAGCCGGCCGACCCGGCGACGCCACGCUGUUCCUCCUGCCCGGCGCCGAGGAAGGGUACAUUGGCCUGCUCAAGUCGUCCGCGCCGCCGUCGUCCAAGUCAUGCGAGAGCAUCCUCAAAACAGGCCUGAUGUCCGCCCUGGAGUUUCCCGUCGAAACCGCGGCCGGCCCCUCGGACGGACAGUCGUGCCAUGAAAAGGCCGAGUCGCUCCAGCUGCACCUCGAGCAGAGACUGCUCGCCCACCCGAGGCUCCUGGAGCUCGCGCGCAGCGGGUUCAAGUCUCAUGUCCGCGCCUACGCCACGCACGUCCGAGAGGAGAGAAUUUACUUUGACAUGACGCAGCUGCAUCUCGGCCAUGUCGCCAAGAGCUUUGGCUUGCGAGAACCCCCCGGAGGCAUCGGCGCCGGGCUCGACCGCAAAGCCGGCAGGAAAGGCGGCUCCGCCAAAGACCGCCGUUCCACGGCCAAGGAAGACGCGGCUUCGGCGGUGGAUGAGAAGCUGUCCAUGGAUCUGCUCAAGAGGAAGAGCAUGAUGUUGAUGAGCUCAGCUGCGAGCGAAUUCAACAUUGGCUAA